AUGGUUUUGGCAAAAAGAUUAGUACAUUUUAGAAAUGUGCUCAAGCAACAAAGAUGCUACUCAAUAGCUGCUAAAUACCCAGAUUUAUUAAAACAAGAUUUGUUACCAAAUGGUGACCCAGAUUAUGUUCGUUUAAUAUUGACAUCAAGAGUCUAUGAUGUCGUUGACGAAACUCCAAUAUCACAUGCCGUAUCAUUGUCUCAUAAAACAGGCUCUAAUGUUCAACUGAAAAGAGAAGAUUUAUUACCAGUUUUCAGUUUCAAAUUACGUGGUGCUUACAAUAUGAUUGCAAAACUUGAUCCAAGUCGUAAAGCGAAGGGUGUCAUUGCCUGUUCAGCUGGUAAUCAUGCCCAAGGUGUUGCAUUCUCAGCUAAGAACUUAGGUAUACCAGCGACUAUUGUUAUGCCUACUGCUACUCCAAGUAUCAAAUAUCAAAAUGUUUCAAGAUUAGGAGCCCAAGUUGUGUUAUAUGGUGAUGAUUUUGAUUCAGCAAAAGCUGAAUGUGCUAGAUUAACAGAAGAAAAUGGUUUAACCAAUAUUCCACCUUUUGAUCAUCCGUAUGUUAUUGCUGGUCAAGGUUCAAUCGCUAUGGAACUCUUACGUCAAACUAAUGGUGAAAAAUUAACUGCAGUUUUUUGUGCUGUAGGUGGUGGUGGUUUAAUCGCUGGUAUUGGUGCUUAUUUGAAAAGAGUUGCUCCACAUGUUAAAAUCAUUGGUGUUGAAACAUUUGAUGCAGAUGCUUUAGAUCAAUCAUUAAAAGCCAAAAAAAGAGUCCAAUUGGAUACUGUUGGUGCAUUUGCUGAUGGUACAGCUGUUAAAAUCAUUGGGGAAGAAACAUUCAGAGUUUGUGAAGAUGUUGUUGACGAAAUAGUCAAAGUUGAUACUGAUGAAAUAUGUGCUGCUAUUAAAGAUGUUUUCGAAGACACUCGUUCAAUUGUUGAACCUUCUGGUGCCAUGACAGUUGCUGGUAUGAAGAGAUACAUCAAGAAUCAUCCUGAAAUUGACCAUACAAAAGCCACUUACAUACCCGUUUUAUCUGGAGCUAACAUGAAUUUUGAUAGAUUAAGAUUUGUUUCAGAAAGAGCUGUUUUAGGUGAAGGUAAAGAAGUUUUCAUGCUUGUUUCUAUACCAGACACACCAGGAUCAUUCCAAAAAUUACAAAGCAUCAUUCAUCCAAGAACUGUUACUGAAUUCUCUUAUAGAUAUAAUGAAAAUCAAGAAAAAGGGAACGGGGCUACUCAAGAAGCAUAUAUUUAUACAUCAUUUUCUGUCAUUGAUCGUCAAAAGGAAAUCUCACAAGUUUUGAACGAGUUAGAAAAAUUUGGCUUCUCAGCCAUUGAUAUAUCUCAAAAUGAAAUGGCAAAAUCACAUGGCCGUUAUUUGGUUGGUGGUUCUGCAAAUCUACCAAAUGAAAGAUUAUUAAAUUUUGAAUUCCCUGAAAGACCAGGAGCUUUGACUAAAUUUUUAGAACAUUUGAAAGGAAGCUGGAAUCUAACUUUAUUCCAUUAUAGAAAUCAUGGAUCUGAUAUUGGAAAGGUCUUGGUUGGUUUAGAUGUUCCUCCUCAAGAUGAAGAACUUUUUCAUCAAUUUUUGAAAGAUAUUAACUAUCAAUAUAAAGAUGAAACUGAAAACUUGGUUUACAAGAAAUUCUUGAAACGUUGA